AUAGUGUUUGGAUGGGUGGUAAAUGGACCACUCAACGCUUGUACUGCUGUGGAAUCCGGACCUGUGGUCACAAUGGUCAACAGAAUAUCAGUAGCCAACCUGAAUGAUCUCCUCAUCACACAAUACAAUCAGGACUUCUCGGAAAAAUAUUAUGAAGAGAAGAAGGAAAUGUCAGGUGAAGGCAAAAGGUUCAUGGAGAUAGCAUCAAGCUCAGUAGAACUCAAGGAUGGACACUAUCACCUACCCUUGCCUUUUCGAAAAAAGGACAUAGUUAUGCCUGACAACUACGAAAUGGUAAAACAACGUACUCUAAAUCUCCUAAAGAGGUUUAAGAGGGAUGCAGAAUAUGCCAUGGAAUACAAAACAUUCAUGGAGGAUGUGUUAAAAAAGGGUUAUGCAGAGAGAGUGCCACCAGAACAGCUUAACAGGAAUGAUGGACAGAUAUGGUACAUACCUCACCACGGUGUUUACCAUCACCAAAAGCGCAAACUUAGAGUUGUGUUUGACGGCACUGCAUCAUGCAAAGGCACAUCUCUUAACAAGGAACUUCUCCAAGGUCCAGACCUGGCGAACACUCUCAUUGGAGUUCUGCUUGGAUUCCGCCAAGAACAAAUUGCUUUCAUGGGGGACAUUGAGGCAAUGUUCUAUCAAGUGCAAGUCCAGAGAGAGCACAAAGACUUCCUUAGGUUUCUGUGGUGGCCAGAUGGAGACACUGAAAAUUCAUUGGAGGCAUAUAGAAUGAAGGUCCACCUCUUUGGCGCUGUGUCCUCACCUAGCAUUGCUAACUAUGCUCUCAGACAAGUGGCAGAAGACAACAGCUUCAAGUACGACGAAGAGGUAACUGAAACAAUCAAUUCCAACUUUUACGUUGAUGAUUGCCUCAAAUCCGUGGCCACAGUUGAACAAGCUAUUAAGCUUAUCAGAGACCUCAGAGACGCAUGCGCCAAAGGACUAUUCAAGGAUCUGGACUUUGACAGAGAAAACCUGCCAAUUGAAAGAGCACUUGGAAUCAAAUGGGAUACAGAGAAAGACUCCUUCAUAUUCAAAGUUAAUAUCAAAAACAGAGCUCUUACCAGGAGAGGGAUCCUCUCUACAAUCAGUUCCAUCUACGACCCAUUAGGAUUCCUCUCCCCAUUUAUCCUUAAAGCCAGGCAGAUCCUCCAAGAGCUAUGCAGGAUAAAGUGGAUGGGAUGAAACCAUCCCAGAAGAAUACUCAAAACAAUGGCAGAAAUGGAUCACUGAGUUGGAACAGCUUAGCAGAUUUCAAGUGCACAGGUGUAUGAAACCUGAGAACUUUGGACAAAUCAGGACUGCAGAGCUUCAUCACUUCUGUGACGCAAGCGAAAAAGGUUACGGCACCACCAGCUAUCUUCGCUUUACAAACAGUAUGGGAAGGGUCCAUGUUUCAUUUAUUUUGGGAAAAUCCAGAGUGACUCCACUCAAACAGAUCACUAUUCCCAGAUUGGAGCUUACUGCAGCAACACUUGCAGUAAAGGUGAACAGGAUGUUGAAAAGGGAGCUUAAAGUGGACCUCAACGACUCAACCUUCUGGACAGAUAGCACCUCUGUCCUCGGAUACAUCAGCAACCAGACUAAACGAUAUCACACAUUUGUGGCAAACAGAGUUUCAGUGAUCAAGGACCUGUCUCAGGAGAAGCAGUGUGAGCUCCAUAGACAACCCUGCCGACGACGCGUCCCGUGGGCUGUAUGUAGAAGACUUUCUAAAGACAUCAAGGUGGAUAACAGGACCUAAGUAUCUGGAAAAGGAAAAGGAAUAUUGGCCAAAAACAUCUAAGAACCUGGGCCUUAUUCCAUCAGAGGACCCAGAGGUUAGAAAGGACGUAGCAGUUAACAGUUCGAGUGUCCACGAAACCAACCCAACCAGCAAACUGUUUGAGUAUUACUCAUCAUGGAGCAGACUGCAGAGAGGGGUUGCUUGGAUACUUAAAUUAAGGGGAAUUCUUCUUCUGCUAAAUCAAAGAAGGAAAUCUGCAAAAGCUAACCUUGCCCCAGAUUGGACUCUUUUGAAAUCCUUAAAGGACAAAAUGAACAAGCUAAAGUUGACAUUUGGAUCACAACAUCUGUCUGUGGAGGACAUUAGAGAAGCUGAAAGGUCAAUAAUUCACUCCGAGCAAAGACGUCACUUCUCUCAGGAACAUGCACUUUUGGAGAAGGGAAGGCAAGUAAGAGCAAGCAGCUCUAUCAGGAAGCUGGACCCAAUCUUAGUUGAAGGCAUGCUAAGAGUGGGAGGACGAAUAAGCAAAUCAGCAAUGCCAAUGGAUCUGAAGAACCCCAUUAUCCUGCCCAGAGACUCUACUGUAUCCAAACUGAUCCUGGGCCACAUCCAUCAGCAGAUUGGACACUCGGGGAGAAGCCACAUGCUCUCAAGACUAAAUCAAAGAUUCUGGUUGCCUCGUGCUAACUCGGCAGCCAGAAAGAUAAUCAGAGCCUGUGUUUUCUGCCGAAGAAUGCUAGCCACAGUUGGAGAGCAGAAAAUGGCUGACCUCCCAGAGGAUCGGGUGUCUCCAGAUCUACCACCCUUUACUCAUGUUGGUAUCGACUUCUUUGGACCCCUGGAGGUUAAACGAGGCAGAGCAAAUGUAAAACGUUGGGGAGUGAUCUUCACCUGCCUUGUGAGUCGUGCCAUACAUCUGGAAGUUUCGAGCUCAUUGGACACUGACUCCUGCAUCAAUGCUUUGCGCAGAUUCAUAUGUCGCAGAGGGCAGGUGACAAGCAUCAGGACCGACAACGGCACAAACUUUGUGGGAGCACAGAAAGAGCUAAGAGCUGCUCUUAAAGACCUGAAUCAACACAAGAUUCAAAAUGCAUUACUCGGGGACGGAGUAAAUGGACUUUUAAUCCGCCACAUGGAGCCCACCAUGGUGGAGUUUGGGAGAGGCUCAUCAGACCUGUAAACAAGAUUCUGUGUUCCGUUCUAAAAGAACAGAGAUUGGAUGAUGAGACUCUACAGACAGCUUUGUGCGAAGUUGAGAGCAUCAUGAAUGACAGACCAUUGACUACAGUUUCAAGUGACCCAAACGAUCUCGAACCCCUCACGCCAAAUCACCUCCUUCUGCUAAAGACAAAACCGAUUAUGCCACCUGGGCUCUUUCACAAGGAGGACUUGUACUCACGGAGGAGAUGGAGACAGGCACAAUACCUCGCAGAUCUCUUCUGGCGGAGAUGGAUAAGAGAAUAUCUCCCAAUCAUGCAACAGCGAGUCAAAUGGCACAACCCCAAACGGAACCUUCGCCCCAAUGAUCUCGUCGUCAUCGUGGAUAACACUGCACCAAGAAAUUCCUGGCAACUGGGCCGGGUGAUAAAGACACUGUCAGGGUCCAAAGGGCUUGUCCGAAGUGUCUUGGUGAAAACCAAGGGUAGCACCUUACAGCGACCAAUUGACAAGCUCUGUCUGCUCCUGGAAGCAGUUGAUUGAACACAAGGUGUCAUGUGCUAGUAACCUCUGACACCCAGUAUCACACACACACAUGCCCCCCCCUUUUCCUCUUGAACUCAUGCAAACACACCUAACACAAACAUUGGACUGUGAACUAUGACAAUGAUUGUAUAUUGGUGACAGUUACAUUUUGAGUAACUGCUUGUUUUUUGGCUCUAUUAUAAUGUAUUAAUUGUUUUGCUACUGCGUCAACAAUUAGGGGCCGGUAUGUUAGAGCCACAAAGUUAUUAUUUCGAUUCAUAAUUUGAUAAAUGAUUUAAUGAUGGAAAAUGAUUUAUAUUGCCAUGGUGAAUAUGUUUUGAUGAAAUUAUUGUUAAUUUUAUACCAGAAAUAUGAUCUGUUUCCGUGUACCUUCCGGUGUGUAUUUAAUUGAGGACAGCCGGUGUGCUCGGAGACCUGAUGAGACGGGGAGCGGAACAGUUUUUCGACCGCAAAUUGCAGACAGAGAUUGGUGUUGCAAAUUGGACUGCAAACAAAGUAUAGUUUAGUUUAUAUAGGAAAGUAUAUCGCAGAAAUAUUGUUUAAGAUUUGUUAUUUUGAGACUAUAUAAGUCAAUACUUUUUUGUUAAUAAAUUACAUUUUUUUGACUGAAAA